AUGGAUAUUAAUGGACUAAUAACGAAGGUCACAUGGAGGGUUGAAACUUUGAGUGCACUUCAUACCCAGUCCAACUCUAUGGGUGUUAAUGGACUAAUAACGAAGGUCACAUGGAGGAUUGAGAAUUUCUCCAGUAUUACAGACGAUGGGCUCUAUUCUGAAAAUUUCACUGUUGAUGGCUACAAAUGGCGGCUUAUUAUCUUCCCGAAGGGGAACAAAGUGGAUUUUUGGUAUUUUUUUUUUUUAGAAGUUGCAGAUUCAGCUACUUUGCCUUCGGGAUGGAGUAGAAAUGCCCAAUUUGGAUUUGCAGUCAUCAAUCAAUUCGAUCGUGAACUUUCCAUUACGAAAGCUUUAGGCGAAUUACACGAUCCUAAAAGAGGCUAUCUCCUCAAUGAUGCAUGCUUAUUUGAAGCCUACGUUUCUACUGAUAGGACUAAAGGUUUGAUCUCACAUGAAUUGAUGAUCAAGACUGACUCGGAUAGACAUGAGACCGAUGAAGCUGAUUCAUCAACUCACCCUUCUGAAGAGAUUGUGCGAAGGAAGCGCUGGCUAGCUACAUUAGAGGAAGCAUUGGAUAGGAACCCUUUUCAUUUCUACGGCUCUCGGGAGUUUUCUUCACUUAAGCAGGCGUUUAAGAUACUAGCUAGUUUUGAUUGUUCCUCUACCACCUUUACAAUUGAGCAAAAAAAAGAGUUGUUGGCCAUGGAGGAGAGCCUGAAAGAACUAGCUGACCGAGCAGCGAAAGCAAUGCAGGACAUGAAUUGCCUUACUGAGAAGAAAUCUAUUAAGUUGACAAUUACGCAUAAAUUGGAUCGUAAUGUAAUCAGAUAUAAGGAGGUGGAAUCAGAGGUGAAACAGGAAAUGAAAAUGGAGUUGGAAGCGUUGGAAAUGCAAUGGGCAGAGUAUGAGGCCAUGGCCAAGGUUGCCAUGGAGGAAGAGAGUAUCGUUUUGGCUGAAUGGGGAAGAAUCAAAGAGUUCAUCACUUCCAUUAAAGGAAAGAUUUAG